UAAGCUACAGAUAGUUAAUGUUUCCCCAGAUUGAUAGCAAGCCGUAUCGGUCAGUCGGUCGGUUGGUACGACCCGUCUCGGAACUAACUUAGUUACUUUAUUUAUUCUGCCGGGAUAAACACAUAUCAUGAAGUGCCUGCCGCUUGGGUGCCAGGCUUACAGCCAGGGUACCGCUGGAACUGCCUUCACAAACCUGGUGACGCACUUCCUGGCUGCCCAGUGCCUCAUCACAGAGAACUGGCCUAUGGACUACUCUUAUGGACUUACAAAUGGCGACCGAUUUGACUUCAUCAUCGUCGGCGGCGGUACAGCCGGAGCAUUGUUGGCGAACAGGCUGUCUGAAGUUGAGGAGUGGAAGGUGCUGCUCAUAGAAGCUGGCGGAGAUCCUCCCAUGGAAAGCAUUAUUCCCAAAUUCUCUUCAGAUACGCACAGGACUCGAAACACUUUCCAAUAUUACACGGAGCAAGAUGAAAAUAGCUGCAAAGGUUGCAUCGACGAGCGAUUCUUCUGGCCACGCGGCAAAACUCUUGGUGGCACGGGAGCCAUUAACGGCCAUCUUCACAUGCGAGGCAGCGAGGGCGACUAUGAAACCUGGCAUCUUAAGGACAACGACGGCUGGGACUGGCCUACGUUAAAAGAGUACUUCAAAAAGAGUGAAAAAGUUGUAGAUCCUUUCAUUCUUAAUAACCCAGAACUGAGAAAGGAACACGGAACUGAAGGAGAGUUUGUUGUGGAUCAACUUAACUUUACCCAUGGAGACAUAGCUGAUAGGCUGACUAAUGCGUACAAAGAAAUGGGAUUGACGUACUUGGAUGACUUAAAUGGACCAACACAGAUGGGUGUAGGCAAACUUAGAGGCAGCAUCCACAAGGGUAAAAGAGUAACCUCUGCUACAGCUUUUCUCAAUACUGUAAGAGAACGCAAGAACUUGAAAGUUAUGAAGUACACCUAUGUUAAUAAACUUGAAAUUGAUAGAAAGAACAAAACAGUAACUGGCGUAAGACUUUCACUUUUGUACGGUGAUGUGGAGUCAUAUUUCGCAACAAAAGAGGUUAUAGUAAGCGCUGGAACGGUUAAUACUCCUAAAUUGCUGAUGUUGUCAGGUAUCGGCCCAAGAGAGCAUCUAAAAGAAAAAGAUAUUUCGGUAGUAAGUGACUUACCGGUGGGCAAAAAUCUUCAGGAUCAUGUUCGCAUACCUAUUCCGGUGACAGUGGACACAGGAGCAGAGAGGAGGGGAGAAGAAUUCUUCCAAAAGGCUGCUGCUCAAUACUUGAUAGAUCAGACAGGACCGUAUACUACGAAUUACGAUCAGCCCAAUAUAAAUGCUUUCUUGUCAGUUCCUGACGGUAAAUCGUUACCUGAUGUGCAAAUUGAUCAUAACUAUUUCCUGCCAAAUACUUCAUACAUACAUUCUAUGUGUAAGAAUACGUUUUCGUUCAAUGAAACUAUCUGCAAGCAGUUUGUGGACUUUAAUAAAGACAAUGAAAUGUUCAUAUUCUUCGUGUCUCUCUGCCGGCCGCACUCGAAAGGAGAAAUUCUGCUGCGAGGAAAGAAUGCGAUGGAACAUCCAAUGAUUUUCCCGAAGUACUUUACCGACAAACGUGACAUGGAAAUUUUCGUUAAGGGCGUUAAAAGAGUGAUGGAGAUUGUUAAAACGCCAACUUUCAAAGAUAUGAAAGCGGAAAUAAAAAGGAUCAAAUUCCCAGACUGCGAUGGGUUUGAGUUUGAAAGUGAAGAUUAUUGGGAAUGUAUGGCUAGAACCGUAACUUACCAUGUGUAUCAUCCUGUUGGUACAGCUAAGAUGGGCAAAGCUAAAGACCCUGAAUCUGUAGUGGACAGCAGGCUAAGAGUGUUCGGAAUCAAAAACCUGCGUGUUGUAGAUGCGAGUAUAAUGCCGACGAUACCUAGUGUCAACGUUAAUGCAGCUACUAUGAUGAUUGCUGAACGAGCAGCUGAUUUUAUCAAGGAAGACCAUCUAAAGGUGCAAGCCCAAAAAGAUGAACUAUAGUUUUUUAAACAAUUAUUAAGUUUAGUUUAUAAUGAGAGCUUAAUUACUCAAUGCUAGUCAAUCCAUAAGAGCACGCUUGAAAUCGGUGUUUGUCGCUGCAGAAAUGUUUAUGAAAUGUACAUGUCAAAGUAUUAAAUACAAACGCCUAUUUUUA